AUGGCAGAAUCGCUAUUUAGCCUCGAUGACAACGCAAUUGGGGAGUUACUGGAACAGUCUGACUUGGAAGAUGUUGAUGAAGAUGAUGAUGACUUAUAUACGCAAAAUUAUGAAUAUAAUAACUCUUCCGAGGAUGAUGUCCCACUCUCAUCUUUGAGGGCGGCUACCAAUCAAAGUGAUGGCAAAUGGACAAAAAAAAGAUUUCGAGGGAAGACUACUAGUCAAGCUCAAGAAAGUUCAAGUAAUGAACCGCCCAAAUCACCUGCGGAGUACUUCGAAGCAAAUGAAGCCGCAAUGUACACCUAA